CAAAUCUCAUCCACUGAAUCUAAAAAAUCUGAUCUUACUUUUUCGUACUUCACUGAAACACAUUUCAUCAUCGUCCUAGCUUGUUAGUUUUCUGUCACAGCAAACAUGGCUACUGCAGUAACUGCUGCAGUCUCAUUUCCAUCCACUAAAUCCACCUCUAUUCCAACCACAACAACCUCUAUUGCUUCCCCACAUAGACUCCUCUUCAAAAAGGUUACAUUGCAGUAUAGAGAUGUUUGUAUCAGUGGAAGAGUGGUUCCCAUCAGAGCUCAGGUCACAACUGAGGCACCUGCUAAGGUUGAAAAGAUUUCCAAGAAGCAGGAAGAAGGUGUUGUUGUGAACAAGUUCAAACCCAAGGAGCCAUACAUUGGAAGAUGCUUGCUCAACACUAAGAUCACUGGGGAUGAUGCACCUGGUGAAACUUGGCACAUGGUCUUCAGCACAGAGGGAGAGGUUCCUUACAGAGAAGGACAAUCAAUUGGGGUGAUUCCAGAUGGCAUUGACAAGAAUGGAAAGCCUCACAAGCUCAGAUUGUAUUCUAUUGCUAGCAGUGCUCUUGGUGAUUUUGGAGACUCAAAAACUGUUUCUCUAUGUGUGAAACGUCUUGUGUAUACAAAUGAAAAUGGAGAACUUGUCAAGGGAGUCUGCUCAAAUUUCCUAUGUGACUUGAAACCAGGAGCUGAAGUAAAGAUUACUGGACCUGUGGGGAAAGAAAUGCUUAUGCCAAAAGAUCCCAAUGCUACUAUCAUCAUGUUGGCAACUGGAACUGGAAUUGCCCCAUUCCGUUCGUUUUUAUGGAAAAUGUUCUUCGAGAAGCACGAUGAUUAUAAGUUCAAUGGUUUGGCAUGGCUCUUCUUGGGUGUCCCUACAAGCAGCUCACUGCUAUACAAGGAGGAAUUUGAGAAGAUGAAGGAGAAAAACCCUGAGAAAUUCAGGCUUGACUUCGCAGUGAGCAGAGAGCAAACGAACGAGAAGGGAGAGAAGAUGUACAUCCAAACCAGAAUGGCUCAAUAUGCAGAAGAGCUUUGGGAGUUACUUAAGAAAGACAACACUUUUGUAUACAUGUGUGGACUCAAAGGCAUGGAAAAAGGAAUUGAUGACAUCAUGGUUUCACUUGCUGCCAGAGAUGGCAUUGAUUGGACUGAAUACAAGAGGCAAUUGAAGAAGGCAGAGCAAUGGAAUGUGGAAGUCUACUAAUUUAUAUGAUCACUUUCUGUAGAUAUAAAGCCAUGUUAGUUUUUCUAUUAUCAUCAUGAUUUUCUCCUCCUUCAUGAAACCACUUCAUCAUUUUGAGGGUCAUACAAAUAAUAUAGAUGAAGGCAACAUUGUUUUA